AUGGCUUCUCAAAAAUGUAUUCCAUUAAUUUUAUCUCUCUUCAUAAGUUUAAGUCUUGGCUCUGCUCAAAGAGUUCUCCUGGAGGAACCCACAAAAGCUCAGAAACCAGAAAAUGACCAAAAACCCAGUGGAGUGACCAAACCAUCCGCCGGUGGCGGUGGAGGCUUUGGUUGGGGUUGGGGAAGCGAUGGAAAUAGCGGAGGAGGUGGCGGUGGUGGAGGAGGUGGCGGUGGCGGCGGUGGAGGUGGUGGCGGCUCUUGUGGAAGUGGAGGUUGUAAUCAACCAGGAAUUCCAGGGUGGAUUCCCCCGGGAAUAAGUCCUGGUGGAGGAGGUGGAGGCGGCGGCUACGGUGGCUCUUGUGGAAGUGGAAAUUGUAACCAACCAGGAAUUCCAGGGUGGACACCCCCGAGAAUAAGCCCCGGUGGAGGAGGUGGAGGCCGAGGAGGAAGAGCGGGUGGUGGUGAGGGUGGCUCUUGUGGAAGUGGCAAUUGUAACCAACCAGGAUUUUCGGGGUGGAUUCCCAGCCCGGGAGUCGGUGGUCCUGGUGGAGGAUGCAAUUGCCCAACUCAACCAGUCCCAUAUCUUGCUUGCCCCUAUGGAUGUGCGCCACCACCAGGUACUGGCUGUUUUGUUGAAAAUGCAAAGCAGAAUGACAGGGAAAAUCAGAAUGCUGGUGAUCAUCUUGAAAAUGGGAACUGGGAGGAAUCACUGUCCCCCAAUUUUGAGAAAUAUGACUAA